AUGAAGUUCUUCCUACUGUUGCUUCUAAAACUACAUCUCGGCCUGCUAUACGCGUACUUAGUCGUCAACCAGUCACAGUUAUUCCUCCCCUGGAGUUCGUCGACCAUGGCGACACCAACGCAUCUUUAUCCAGGCGUAAAUCUCGCCCUGCGAGAAAUGCCUGAGAGGGAAUUCAACUUCAAAGAUGAGUAUUUGUUUUAUCCCAUUGGAUUUCCCGAAUACCCGGGGAGCAAAUCUACCAUCAUGCCGGUGAAAGAGGUUGCGAUGAUGAUUCUCAUGGAUGUAUUCACGGAUAAACCAGAUUGGCACAAAAAGGUCUUUGAUGAGACGAUUGUUCAAAAGUGGAGAGAUGAAGCGCGCCAGCAGGGUGAGGAUGGGUUGUACGCAAAAAUUCUGCAGGAUAAGCUGGGGCAGGGUCCUCGUAAGCCUAGGGAUAGGAUCAUCACUGAUGCGGCGUUUGACUACUGUAUCGAAGAGCUACGCGGAAAGGCAAUGUAUCUUGCGCAGUCAGGUCUCAUUCCAACUUUUGAUGGACCUGGCAACACGAUCAUCAAGUCAGACUCGUUCAUCGACGAGAACCUCCACCGGGAUCUUAACAGAGCGUGCUAUACCCUUUGGAAGGAUCAAGAAGGCAAUGUCGACUGGCAUCCGCGAAGCAACGAUAUGGUCCAAAACCUCAUCCAUCCUUCCAUGCACAAUUUCGUCUACGAUCGUUCACCGUUCAUCCAAGAUGAAGUCGUCGGCGUAUCGAACGCACUUGAAUUUAUGGGCAAAGGCGAGCCCGUGAGAGGGCAGACCCCUCUAGUCCGAGAGAAUGAGUUCCGGUCAAAAUUUGGGAUUGGUUCGGGCAAGGUUCUCCCGGAGUACUGGUCCGAUAAAUACCAGUGGCUCCCCGCCAACGUUGGGUUUCGCGAGGACGGCAGUACUGAGUUCACGAGCUACGUGAAUAAUCUCCACCCCACAAAGUUUCCUGAAAUUUACAGAACUAUUGAGAGGUUGGUUGACAGGGUUAUUCCUGCUUGGAAUCAUUGUUUGCGAGAGGUCCCUCGUUUCGGCGAUGAGACCUUUGCGGGGAGAGAUAAGUCACGGUUUGAAUGGAUCCAUGAAGCAUUUGAUGAGGAUGACGACUUAUGGACGCCAGAGUUUGAUGUGAAGGAAUUUCUUCACAAAGACGUCGAGCUCACGCAUCAAGAACUUCGAGACCUCGAAGAAGAGUGCUACCACGAUGCGGAGGACCCAGUUGAGUUCGAUGAAGAUGAGUAUCAACGCAGAAUGAACGAAGGCCUCCCUCCUCUUACGCCCAAUGUCGAUGAUGAGGCCAUGGCUGAAGUAAAAUGGGUCAAGUACCGCGACGCGAUCCUCCCUGAUCCAAAGCCAUUUGAAGAAGUUGACUACACACCAAAGCAAAGCUUGCAGGAGAAGUUCAAGAAGGAUGGUUUGCAAAUCAUUGUCAAGAUGGUGAGCAUUGAACUCACGCCAGAGAAGCCAGAGUUCUCCGCUGGAAGUUGGCAUCUCGAAGGUCAGAUGAACGAGAAGAUCGCCGCCACUGCACUGUACUACUUCGACAGCGAGAACGUCACGCCAAGUCGUUUAUCCUUCCGUAUGCAAACGAGCUCGUAUCUUAAUGAUGACAUCAAGGCUGGCCAGGAUGGCUACAACUAUCUUGAAAGGGUGUAUGGCACAGAUCUAGGAGCGCAAGGUGGAUUCGCUAGAUCUUGUGUUCAGAGCUACGGAGACGUUGGCACGCCGGAGGGACGUCUCCUCGCUUUUCCCAAUGUCUUUCAACACCGCGUGUCCUCUUUCAAGCUACAAGAUCCAACAAAGCCAGGACAUCGACGCUUCAUCGCCCUUUGGCUAGUUGAUCCGCACCGACGAAUCCUUUCAACGGCGAAUGUGCCGCCGCAGCAAAAGGAUUGGUGGACUGGAAGCGGUGAGGUACCUAGGGGCCUUAUGGAUGUUGAGGAAGCGCGGGCGCAUCGGCUGAAGUUGAUGGAUGAGCGGACUGCGGAGAAGGCGAGGUUUCACUGGGAGGCGAUUGAUUACAACUUCUGUGAGCACUGAUCAGAACUUGGCGUCAGCGUGAGAGAUGAUUGAAGGCUGAAGAAAGGCACAUGAUGCGCUCAUAGUGCUUUUCGCAGAAGAAUUCUAGGGUCUCAUAGAGGCAACCUACUACUGUAAGCAUCAUCAAUCUCAUGCCAAGUACACACAUAUUGUACAACCAAGCCUCAAUACGAAUCUAAAUAGCCCAACUAGGACAUUACCGAAGUUCUCUCAUUUCCA